GCUGUCCGGUUGUAAUUAAAGCUAAGGUUAAGCUAACAGUCAAGCGUCGCUCGCAGCCAAGACUGGUUUGAUUUCACGAGCGUCAUCAAAGCUUGGAUAUUGGAGAAUGAACAAUUUAUGCUGUUGACCUGACCAAUAUGCUAACGUGUUGUUUUAAUUUUACUUUACCCAUACUUGUAUGUUUUUUCGGCUGCUUGGGUCCCGUUGCUUGGGUUUUGUGAUGUUUACCUCAAGAAAAUAGUCGUUUAAAUAGAACAUAUAUGCGUUAAAAGCUUGAAAUUAUGAACCCCUUUAGCAUGGCUAGCGUUUUAGCAUCGCUAUGUAACACGCUAAACGAUACGUUGCAUUGAUCAUACCGGUUCAAAUCUGACCUAUUAACGACAUGUGCGGCUCAUUUGUGACCACGGAACUUCGAGUGAAUAAUUUACUUUAUUUAUAAUACAUAUCUGGGAUUAAAUUGUGUCUCGGCGUAUUGCUUUGAUGGAAGACGUAAAGGAUAUUCUUCUUCUGCAUUCUUCUUUAGACAUUUAGGCAUUCUGCACAAAGCAAAACCAUCACUAUGAGUAUUAUCCAAGACAAAUUAGGCAAUGAGUUUUUGCGCAACGGUGGCAUGGAUCCCAAUUUUGCCCCAGGUAUGCUUAUGUUCAGCCACCUGCCGCCUGUCACCAGCUUUACACGGCUGGCCUCCCAGUCCGUCAUGGGCGAGCUUCCUCAGGAGAUGAUCCUGAAGAAAGAACGCGACUCGCCGCCAGAGCACCAGGGCGCCACCGCCUUGAAUACGGGGGGCUUCCUCCACAGCAUGGGCAUAAAGCAGGAGCGGCUAAAUGAGUUGGAUUACCGCAUGCCGCUCUACGGCGGGGGCGGAGGAGUUGGGGUGAACUGUGCCGAAGGGGCCGCGGGGAAGAGUGGCAACGACAUGCCGGACAUGUCUUUCGGCAACCACCACCAUCACCAAAACCAUCAGAACAUGCUUCUACACGACCUCAGCCUCAGCAACGUCCGUUCCCUUGGAGAACAGAUGCCCGGAAGACCGGGUAAAGAACCGAAAGAGCCUUCAGGGAGAAGAGGGCGAAGAAACAACGGGGAUGGGCAGGGAGGCAAGGCACGGAGGAAACGCAGCGACGCUGCAAAGGCCAUGAUGUUGGAUGCAGAUGGAGCCUGCAUGUCCCCCAACUCAAAACCACAUAUCUGUGAGCACUGCAAUGCGGCCUUCCGCAGCUCCUACCACCUGCGCAGGCAUGUGCUCAUACACACAGAUCGCACAGGGGAGAGGCCUUUCCGGUGCAGUCAGUGUAACAUGAGCUUCAUCCAGAAGUAUCUGCUCCAGCGGCACGAGAAGAUCCACAGUGGAGAGAAGCCUUUUAGCUGUGACCAGUGUAACAUGCGCUUUAUCCAGAAGUACCAUAUGGAGCGACACAAAAGGACUCACAGCGGCGAGAAGCCAUAUCGCUGCGAUACCUGCCAACAAUUUUUCUCAAGAACAGACCGGUUACUGAAGCACAAACGGACAUGUGGAGAAGCCAUAAAGAAGGGCCUGGACCCAAACAUGCUGGAGCUCAGCGAAGCGGAGCUCGGACAGGGCAGCUAUUCACACACUCAGGGAAACCCUACCACCUCCGGACGCAAGAGGGCCAAGUCCAAAAACGGCGAGGGCAAGAAGAAGAAGAACGCAUCGGCGGCAUCGGCGUCAGGGGGGAUGCCCCGUGACCUGGGUCUGCAGGACUUCAGCAUGGAGCAUCCCUCAGGCUCCGGCCCCAACUCGCAGGGACGCGCCCCGAAGUUGGUCUUUAAGAAAGCCGGCCGCAAGGCCCAAGACAAGGGAAUGCUGUCUAUGGACGAUGGAGCUGAUGGACAAAAACGGCUGUGCCAGAAGCCCGACUCCAUGGAUCACUCGGAGGUUACCGGCCUCGAUAACAUGGGUCUCCUCCAGGGAGGCGGGGGCAACAAGCAGGGGCCCACCACCAGCAGCAACUACGACGACGCAAUGCAGUUUGUGAAAAAGCGGCGCUACCUCCACGCCGUUAACAAUGACUAUGGAGCCGGCUCACUGCACAUGGCGUCCCAGGGCGGCGGUGUCAUCCAGGGCUCCUUGGGGCCCGAGCCCACGCUGGCCAUGCUGGACUCCUCGCCUUUGGACCUCAAGCACGACAAGUCAGGCAUUCCAGAUGAGGUACUGCAGAGCCUGCUGGAGCAUUAUAGCCAUAAGCCGGAGGGGACACACCACCACGACGUGACUUUCGACCUGUCGGACCACCCGCAUCACGUGGACCUCCAGCCCGCAGCCCCCGUGACCCCCGAGCUGGAGGACGACUCUCCCAACGGUGGUGACAAGACGGCUGUGAUGAGCGAGUACUCAAAGUUCCUCCUGCAGGCCCUGGAGCGCACCAGCCACAGUGGGCCAUUCCCCAGCCUUGGCCCCACGGGGCCUUUCCCACUCCUGUCCAGCAGCUCCAGCCCCACGGGGCCCCUGUUCUCAGACAAACACGUGUACACGACGUCCCCGCUGGAUUGCGUCUACCCACCCGCUGUCUCCUCGCCACUUCCCAUCGUCGCCCCUCUAUCAAACUCCUCCUCGUCCUCCUCCUCCAAGUCCCACUAUGCCAUGCUGGUCGGCUCCCCCUCCCACGCGGGCUACCACCUCGGCUUGGAACCCAGCAGCCACCAGCAGCUGACUCCAUCCCAGGAGCUGACGGAGCAGCUGGAGAAGCAGCACUCCCCCGGCACCUUCAACCUACCUCCCCAGGACCUGACCGCGUCAGCAGAGGGCUCCAAGGGGCAGCAGCCCAAAGCCGGGGGGAACGCCGUACCCACCAACGGUUCCAGUUACCCAGACCUGUCCCCGCUGAACCCCCCCAAGGAAACCACGUACCAGAUCGAGAACUUCGCCCAGGCCUUUGGGUCACAGUUCAAGUCUGGGCGGGUGACCCCUCUGAGCUACAGCAGUGACCCCGGGGCAGAGGUCGACCACCGAAUACGGACUCCAGUGUCGGAAUUCUCAGGGUAUACCAGUUUGUUAGCGGACGUCGGCGAGCCAGUGAGUACAGGAUCAAAAACCCAGACAAGCCAAAGUUUCAGAUAAGGUGUCAAACAAGGUGGAUCCGCUAGGGGGCUGUCCCGUUUCUGUCCACAGUCCCUUCCUAAUUUUGUUCUUGUAGCAAAGUUUGUUUUUAAACACUGCCAUUAAAUGUUAAUACAAAAAUGACCAGGGAGGGUCUUUCAUGGCCUCAAAUGCAAUUUUUAAAUAUUCUCAUUUUUAUUAUGUAUUUAGUCGCUUAUUUUUUUGUUUAAGAGUAGUGAUUUUGAUAUGAACAUACCGUAGAUUUAAAUGUAAUUUAAAACAUUUAGAGGGUAGCUAUGAACUUGCUUGAUUUUCUUUCUUUUUUUUUUUUCAGAACCCUUGUGUUUUUGUUUUAUCAAUCAUCAAACCAUUGUAAAGUAAUAAUGAAUAAUGUUGAGAACUUCAAUAAUAACAUUUGUUGCAGGGAAAGGCCCAGAAUUCAAAUUGCAAAAAAGUAUAUAUUGUCUGUUACAAGAAACAUUAACUCAGGAAAAAAGGCAAAAUUGUGUAAUAAGACUUUGUAUUAUGAGAUGCAAUUAGCACAGUUUCUACAGGUGUACUUUGAGACUACAAAGCUUUGCUUUUGUGUUGUUUUUUUUAACUCGUCAACAACAACAUAUUACAACAAAUGAUCACGUUUUGUUUCUACUGCAUUGUUGAGAUCAUGGUACUGUUGUCAAUGUGAAGACAUCCACCUUUUCUUCUGCGAGCCGCGUGGCCACGAGCCAGUGGACGCCGUGGUGGAGUUCAGCGUGUUCGUUCUCGAGUGACGAGGAUGUUCGAGCGGAACCGAAUGUCAGCCGGCGGCGCCCGUCUGGUCGCGCGCUGCUGCUCGCGUUCUGGCCAGUAAAAAAGAAAACAAAUACUCAACUCAUUGCUGUUGUGGCCGUCUCAGAAGGCAAUGAACAUCCACCCCUGAUCUUUUUAUCAUGUUGCUGAAUUGGUUUAAUUUUCAUCAUUAUUAAUUUUUUUUUUAAAUCACCACUUUUCUACUCCAAUCCUUCCCGUUCCUUCUUGUGUCAAUGGAAUCAAACAAGCACUUUUUUAAAACAAAUCAUCGGAAGCAACAACCACCCAUUCAAUUUGCAAAUGUGAUACGUGAUUAUUAUGCUGAUGCUUAUUAUUUUAAGGAGAAAACUGUGAACUGGGGGGGAGGGGGGAUUAUUGUUUAAUGGGUUUUGAUAGGGGUUGACUAGGCAUGACCAUGGGUGUCUAAAUGUAUUUUGUGGCUUUUUCUCAAGGGUAGAAGAAGAAGAAGGGGGGUGGGAGGGGAUUUUUUUUUUCUUACGGUUUAUCGGGUGAUGUAAAAAGAUGAUCUGCCAUAAUUUUGUUAUACAAUAUUUUGAGUACCUCUUUGUAUUUAAGUGUUUUUGAGAGCGGGGCUGACAUGCUGGAACCCUUGUACCUUUGAGCCCGUGGGUAUGCUGGAUGCAACCCGAACCCUUUUAUUUAUUCUCCACCAGCCACAAGAGAACUUUACUGGCAAGCAAUCGCCUGACCUGCACCCUUACUCCAUAUUCCAUCUACGCAACGGUUUUCUUUAUCCUCACUGUUGCAGUAAUUGCAAGAAACCGCUUCAAUAACAGUUAAGAAACAGAAAAUGUAAGUUAUUCCCGCCCAUCGGCCCAAAAUGCAGCCCUGCACUCACGAGAAUAAACAAUGGCCUUCUUUGUCUUCCGUGGCUGAAGCCAUUUUAUCCCGGCAGCCAGGGUUGAUAUUUAAUUUAGUUGAUUUCCUGUGAGCCGCCCCCCUUACUCCCCCCCCCUCCUCCCCUUUUCCUACGCCUGUGAGCUCCACAGCCAAGAGACUUUGAAGCUGUUCAGAUCGCAGGGAACAAAGACCGACCACUUCACCCCACACACACACACUAUGCUUUUAAAGGAGAGAAAGAGUGGGUGAGAGUUGGAGAAAAACAAAAGACAAAAAGAUUGACCUAAAUAUACCUCAUAUCACUAAAGCGUAAGCAAGCAGGGACAUGCGUUUCAUGUAUGUAGUGGAAAUAUUUUGUAGUAUAGGUUUUGACAUAUUGUAUAAUCAUUUAACACUGCCUGUGUUUACAAUUAUAGAGCAACGGACUCGUCGAAAUGGAAAUGUAUUUUUUUUUUUUUCUUUCGGUUAAAACAUUCACGCCAAGCAGUGUUGCAUUCUAGAUGCCUCAUAGAACAUUCAUUUCUCUCAAUUAUAUCCCUUAUUUUUGUUACUUGCCAUUACGUGUUUUGAUAUGAUCUCUAGAAGGAUAUUGUUUACAAAAAUGUACAAAAACACUAAAAUGUGUGUUCUCAAUUUCUUUUGCAUUUUUUCUCCGGUAUGCAUGAUAAAGGCAUUUUUUCGUAUGGCAUUUUUUCUGACACUCACCUCAAUACCAAAUUUUGUAGCAGAGGCCUCCCCAUCCCCUUGUCUUAUUUGUUCUAGACCCCCUUGUGAUAUGAUUUCCCAGGCUGUACCUGUUAUUGAGAUGAUGAACGGAUUAGAGAAGUCAAUAAAAACUUUUUGUUACAAAAGAG